AAAAGAGUGGACUAUCAAAGCUCCACCAGUCGUUCAGGCAUUUGAUUCCAAAGCAUAAUGUUCUCUAAAAUUGUGAUCGCUUGUGUGGUGAUGACGGCCUGUCAUGCGGGGCUGUUGCACCACGGCCCCGCAGUGUCGCAUAAUAUAGUUCAUCACGAGCAGAGCAUCCAGCAUGAAGUCCCAGUGCAUUACUCUGCACCAGCCUCCCACGGUUACUAUGCCGCCCCUGCUAUUCACGCAGCCCCUGCCCACGCUGUCGCCUCCCAUGAUGAUCAUUAUGUUGAUGAAUAUGCUCAUCCAAAAUACGGUUACUCAUAUUCGGUAGAAGAUCCGCAUACAGGCGACCACAAGUCUCAACACGAGGAGCGCGACGGCGACGUGGUAAAGGGAGAGUACUCCCUCCUGCAACCUGACGGCUCCUUCCGCAAAGUCACCUACACUGCUGACCAUCACAAUGGAUUCAACGCCAUCGUACACAACUCUCCACCUGUCAUCCAUCAUCAUUAGAACACGAGAACCCAUCCUGUGAUAUUAGAUUAAAUUUUCAGUAGUUUUUCUA